GUCGCGGCCACGCCCACCCUGGUACCCCUUGGGAGCGCGCCGGGAAACCCCGUGCAAGCGCAGCCGCCAUCUUGGAGAGACAGAGGGAGGAAGAGAGGAAUUGUGACAGGGAACGGAGCACACAGAGCGGCCACUGUACCGACACCGCUCCCGUACAGAUAACACCACUUCCUGUGUGCGUGCUACGGACCCCCCUCUGUCUGCUCUGCUGCAGGGACCCUCCAGUAGACGUUUGUGGUCAUCUAUCCGGUUUGCGCUGUGUUAUUUAAAAGCGCCAUCAUGGCCACCGCACCUUACAAUUACUCCUAUAUCUUCAAAUACAUCAUCAUUGGUGAUAUGGGAGUAGGGAAGUCUUGCCUACUGCACCAGUUCACAGAAAAGAAAUUUAUGGCAGACUGUCCUCAUACAAUCGGUGUGGAAUUUGGUACACGGAUAAUUGAAGUUAGUGGUCAAAAAAUUAAACUUCAGAUUUGGGACACAGCGGGACAGGAGCGGUUCCGAGCUGUCACUCGAAGUUAUUACAGAGGCGCGGCUGGUGCACUUAUGGUCUAUGACAUAACUAGGAGAAGCACAUACAACCACUUAAGCAGCUGGCUGACCGACGCACGGAACCUCACCAAUCCCAACACUGUUAUCAUUCUUAUAGGCAAUAAAGCGGAUCUGGAGGCCCAGCGCGAUGUUACGUAUGAGGAAGCCAAGCAGUUUGCGGAGGAGAACGGCCUCUUGUUCCUUGAAGCAAGUGCAAAAACAGGCGAGAACGUGGAAGAUGCAUUCUUGGAAGCCGCCAAGAAAAUCUACCAAAAUAUCCAAGAUGGAAGCCUAGAUCUGAACGCCGCCGAGUCCGGAGUACAGCACAAACCAUCAGCACCCCAAGGCGGGCGGCUAACCAGCGAACCCCAACCCCAGAGAGAAGGCUGCGGCUGCUAGUGACCAAGAUGGCUGUUCUGCCCUUUCCUCCUGUCUGUCUCGAGCAGUAUUUUAUUUUUGCUGCCCCGAUAUCUUCUGUAUAUCCUACUGGUUUAAACGAAAAAAAAAAGGUGGGGGGACUCUGCUAAGACGACAGUUUAACACAUUACUAAACUGCUACGUAACUAUAGAUGUAUUCAGGUUAUCAAAGGCAAGUCCAGUAAUAAACAAACCAAGUACAAAAAACGUUCCUGCAUGGUAUAAACUGUAGAACUUUUCUUUAUUUUCUUCCCCUUUUAUCGUCUUUGUGAUGUCGGCAAUCCAUAAUUUAAUGCUGGACUUUUGAUUUGAUCCAGGGCCGUUUUACAGAUUAGAUUCCUCCCGUGACUUGUCCGAUUCCGUCUCCCGUAGCGAAUAGUUUCAUUUGCUGUGAAUAACUUGGCUGACGAGGGGGGGGGGGGUCUCUCUGUGUCACCUGUUACUGAGGGGGUUUUGCUGCAUUUAUUUACGUCUUAACCUGGCUGUUUCUCUCCCUCCCCACAUCCCCCCCCUCCCCUUGUGCUGAGAUGGCUUCAGUUUUACGAGAUUUUAUCCUUCGUUUAACGCGUAAAUAUGUAAAAAGAACUCACCAGACCGAAGGCGCGGUCUCUAGCAUUGAAUACUCUCUGUGCAUAUGAUUUUUAAUGACGACGACACAUUUAGUUCCUGGCAUCCGUAAAUAUUAGUAUGUCCCAGUGUGUGCCGUGAGACCACGUUUCUGCCUCCCAUCCGCACCGCACAUUAGAUGUAAAUGCCAUUAAAAGUGCUCUGGCGCCGCCGUAUCUGCAUCUAUAGCCUAAGAGAUGUCCCUUUUUAUUUUAUUUUUUUGCACUGUGGUUUAUACAAGGCGGGUUUUUUUUUUUUUUUUUUUUUUUUUAACGAUCCCGUUGUGCAAUGAGCAGUGUGACGACGCGCUUUGUUUGCUUCGCAUUUCCUGCCUUAUGAUGUAUAGAAAUGUAAAAAGGCUGGGUAACUAUUGCACACAUUUUUUACGCUUUUUCUUUUUGUUCAAUCUGUUUGGAGAAUUCCGAUUUAAAGUUCUGCUGCUUUUACAAUUAACUUUGUGUUUUUAACACUACAGUGGGCUGUUUUUCUUUUUUGUUUUGUUUUUUAAGAACUUAAAUGCAUUUUAAGCAAUUGGGCUCUUGAUAACUUUCUAACGCGGGACGGUUCCUUGUAACAUGAUCAGCGGUUGGUUCUGAUGUAUCGUGUUGGUAACUUUUAGAUCUUAUGGGUUUGUUCUUUUUCUUGACGUCUAUGUUCAGGACAUACGUGCUGUAGCUAAACCCAUCAUAGCAAAGGAGACGUCAGGUCCCUUCUGUUAGCAGCUUCCUUACAAGAGUUCCGCAAGCAUGGCUAGAGUCAAACAGGCAUGUUCCCUAACAUUAACCGGCUGCAGACUCCCUUACGAGUAAGACGUGUGAGAGCCACGGUACAGCGACAGAACUGGAAGGUUAGGGCCGCCAGAGUGCAGGGACCACAAACGACCCACUGCUAAACUUAUCGUCUCCCCCCACGUUCCUUCGGUUGUGGCCACCUCUUUAUAGGUGUGACUGAAGGACUUCCUUGGACUGCUGUACUUUUUUUCCCUUGAUGUAACAAAAAUGCUAUUAAUCUAAAUAUUUGUAAAUAAAGUACCUGUAUCUAGAUAAUUUAUAA